AUGUGCAGAGCGAACUCUGUCCUUUGGCUCGUUUGGCUCUUGCUCAGUGAAGUGCCUGCUGUGCCCCAGGAGGAAGCGUCUUGCGACAAUGCCUUCCUGUUGCAGAGGACACUCCCUCCAGCAGGUCUGCUUCAACAGGAACUCCCCUCUGUUGCCUCCAUCACCUUCGCGCCUGGAUCGGAGUGGAUGAUAGGGUGGACGCCAAAAAGGAUGCCAAGACGGCGGCCGGAAGCGCACCCAAAGACACCAAGGGAAGUCCCUCAUUCCGAGAUCCAGCAAGACGAGCAUUCGGAGCCCAGCGCGCCCCAGCAGAUCCUGCGCUUGGAGCGGCGUGAAUCGCUCCAGGGUGCGCCCAUCGUCAAGGCACUCAGCGAAGAAAUCAGCCCCGAGUCGCUCGAGGAGCUUGCUUUCCCGCAGCAGGCACCUCAGUCGUCGGAGGUCUCCCAGGCACUGGAGCAAUCGGACAACGCGGAGGCGACGCCGACAGAGGCCACACAAAGAGCCACACAGAAAGCCACACAGAAAGCCACACAGAAAGCCACACAGGCCACGCCGGCCCCGGCGGCCUCACCAGAGGCCUCGCUGGAGGCACCCGAGCAGACUUUGUCGGAGCAGACUUCGCCGCCGGAGGAGGUUGCGGAGGCCGCGGCCGCGGUGGCGGCCGCAGAGGCAGGCGACAUGGAUGUAGAUGAGGCAGACGGCGCAGACGUGGCGGGAGGGGCCGCGCCGGUGGACGAGGCAGAGGCUCCACCCUUGGAGGGCGAGAGUGAUGAGGAGACGGAGUUGGUGGAUUGGGGGGACGAGACUUCACAGCGGCCGAAGACCGGCCCUGAACGGGAACAGAGCCCCAAGCCGGAACGCCCGGAAACUUCGGAAGCCGAGAACUUCGAGGAGAACUUCGAGGAGAAGCCUGACACGAAGCCGGAGAGCCUGGAGAGGGGGAGCCUGGAGAGCCCGACAGAGACCACCAACCCAAAGGAGCCGGAAGAGACCCCAGGAGAGACCCGAGGAGAGACCCGAGGAGGGACCCGAGGCGAGUCCACGGAGAGCUCGCUAUCGACCAUCGACAUCGUGAUUCCGGGGGCUCCGGGAGCCGGUGACACUUUGCUGCGCGUCAAAGACCCCGCAGAGAUCGAGGCGAUCACCAGCGACUCUGACCCGCGUGAUCCCCAAGUCGCAACCCUGCGGGUCUACAAUGUCACGGUGAACGCCUUCCCCUUGACGGACAAGCCCGUUUCCAUGUUCAAGAGAGGUGCUGAAGGGGACACGGAGACGAG